AGAUUUAAAAUGGGAAAGUGGUGCUAUUACACCAAAUCUUACGAGGAAAGGAGAGGCCCUUGCGGUCUCUGGUUUGGUCGAGUAUGGAGAUGAGCUAGAUGUCAUAGCUCCCACUGACAUUCUAAAGCAAAUCUUUAAGAUACCAUAUUCCAAGGCUCGAUUGUCUCUUGCAGUUCAUCGUGUUGGCCAGACUCUAGUUCUGAAUUCUGGGCCUGACAUUGAAGAGGGAGAAAAGUUGGUUAGAAGACAUAACAACCAAUCAAAAUGCGCAGAUCAAUCUUUAUUUUUAAAUUUUGCGAUGCAUUCGGUAAGAAUGGAAGCUUGUGAUUGUCCUCCAACUCUUCAUUCCCCAGCAGAGGAGCAAUCAAAUUCCUCCGUUCUUCCUGGGCCAUUUGAGUCCAAGGAGGCACCAUAUGAAUCUUCUGACCAUCCAGCACAAAGGCAUGCAUCCCCGUUUUUUGGACACAGUGACGACUCUCGAGAAGAAGGAUUCAACCAUCAGGAUAAUUUAUUCUAUGGGAAAAAGAAGAAUAAGAGAAACAAGGGUCAGGAUGCUGUCAAAAAGGUCUCACAAGUUAAAGAAAAGCAAAGAUGUUCAGUGCAAGAGUCUGAAAAAUACAGAAGAGUCAGUACUGAUGAGUUCUUAAGGGUUUUGUUUUGGCAAUUUCACAACUUCCGGAUGCUUCUAGGCAGUGACUUGCUCAUAUUUAGUAAUGAGAAGUAUGUUGCAGUGAGCUUGCAUUUAUGGGAUGUUUCGCGGCAGGUCACUCCCUUAACUUGGCUUGAAGCUUGGCUUGAUAAUGUCAUGGCUAGUGUCCCCGAAUUGGCCAUCUGUUACCAUCAAGAUGGUGUUGUUCAGGGUUAUGAGCUGUUAAAGACAGAUGAUAUAUUUCUUUUGAAGGGCAUCUCUGAGGAGGGCACUCCUGCGUUUCAUCCCCAUGUUGUCCGACAAAAUGGUCUCUCUGUUUUGAGGUUCUUACAGGAAAACUGCAAGCAAGACCCUGGUGCUUAUUGGCUACACAAAAGUGCAGGAGAAGAUGUCAUUCAACUUUUUGAUCUAUCUGUUAUAUCCAAAAACUAUUCCUCUGAUGAUUGUGACGAUAGCUCAAGCUCCUUACCCACUCUAAUUCAUAGAGGAAGAAGUGAUUCCUUACUUUCUCUAGGAACCCUCUUGUAUCGUAUAGCUCACAGACUUUCACUUUCAAUGUCUCCCAAUAACAGGGCAAGGUGUGCAAAGUUCUUCAAAAAAUGUCUCAAUAUCCUGGAUGAACCAGAUCAUUUGGUUGUACGGGCAUUUGCUCAUGAGCAAUAUGCAAGGCUCCUUUUAAAUUAUGAAGGAGAACUGGAUUCAACAUGUGAAGCACUUCCCGUAGAGUCUGAGGUUACACUUGCUGAUGCUGAAGAAGAAUGUUUUGAAAAUUUUAGUGGUAUUUCUAAGUCGGUUAUCCAUGAAAUGGAACAGUCUUCAGUUGCACAGGAUGAACCUGGUGAAGAUGCAGAAACAUUUGAAGAUUCUGGACCAGAAGUUUCUGUGAUGAUGGCUUUGAAUGACAAAUUAUCACCACUGGUAGCAUCAAGUGAGUGUGAAGCAGGAAAUCUGGGAGAUGUGCCAAGUUCUAGUGAUCAAAGCUUUGCAGUUUGUGAAAUGUCAACAACUCCUGCUCAUGUGGUACAAACUGUUGCUGAUCCAAUCUCCUCUAAGUUGGCUGCAAUACAUCAUGUUUCUCAGGCUAUUAAGUCUCUAAGAUGGAAGCGUCAACUACAAAGCAUGGACAUGGAGCUGGAUCAUGGAAGCAGAAGUCAAGAUAAGCCAUCUUCAUCUGUGGAAUUUUCUGUUUGCGCAUGUGGGGAUGCAGACUGUAUUGAAGUUUGUGAUAUUCGGGAAUGGCUCCCAACGUCCAAACUGGAUGAUAAGUCAUGGAAACUUGUUCUGUUGCUUGGAGAAUCUUAUUUGGCACUUGGACAAACCUAUAAGGACGAUGGUCAGUUCCAUCAAGCCUUGAAGGUUGUGGAAUUAGCAUGUUUAGUUUAUGGAUCAAUGCCGCAGCAUCUGGAAGAUGCAAGGUUCAUUUCAUCUAUGGUUUGUAGCUUGCCAUCCCAGGUGGAAAUCAAUGGUAGAGGUGAUAAGACAAGUUCCCAUAAAGCUGAUGAAACAAAAGUAAACUCUGGUAGAAAACGUGAUUGCCUUACUUUUGAUAGGUUCUCUUCUUAUCUCUUCUGGGCCAAGGCGUGGACCCUAGUUGGGGACGUGUAUGUUGAGUUCCACAUGAUAAAGGGUAAAGAGAUCUCAAUUCAAGCUGAGAGGAAGUCUUCUACCAGAGAAUUGAGAAUGUCAUCUGAAGUUUUGAAGGAGGUCAAGAGGCUCAAGAAGAAGCUGGGACAGUUUAACCAGAACUGCACUUCAUGUUCUUUGAUAAACUGCAGUUGCCAGAGUGACAGGGCCAGUAGUGGCAGCAGUGCAAGCAGCAGCACUGGUGAUUUGGGUCAUGGCAGAAAGCAUACCAGAAAACUACAUGCCAAGAGCACCUCCUACUCUGAAAACGCCGAAGAUGACCAGGUUUAUCACAAAGGGGAAAAUGGAAACUGUUGGGAAAGUAGAUACAUAAAGCACAGUAAAAAGGAUACACGAAAUGAAGCUUCAGAUCAAAGGGUAGAUGCACUUGAAGAAAAUACCUUGGCAGCUACUGAAUCCAAAGUAAUUGAAGGUACUAUGGAACUGCAUAAUGCAGGGUCUACCAUGGAUGCUCAAUCUGAGACUUCUUCAAUGGAGGCAACCAAGGUGCAAAAUGGUGGUAUAUUUAAAUACCUUAGUGGUCCUGUAAUUGGAGAUGUAGAUAACAAUCUUUCAGCUGCCCUAAGCUGUUAUGAAGAAGCUAGAAAAGCACUAGGUGGGCAUCCUACUGAUUCAGCAGAACUACAAUCUGUUGUUAAAAAGAAAGGGUGGGUUUGUAAUGAACUUGGCAGACAUAGACUUGAAAGAAAAGAAUUGGACAAAGCUGAACUCGCAUUUGAUGAUGCUAUCAAGUCAUUCAAAGAAGUUUCUGAUCACAUUAACAUUAUAUUGAUUUAUUGUAAUUUGGGGCAUGGCAGACGGGCAUUGGCUGAAGAGAUGGUGUCGAAGAUUGAAAGUCUCAAGAAACAUUUAAUCUUCCAAAAUGCAUACAACCGAGCACUUGAGACUGUAAAACUAGAAUACGGUGAAUCACUCAGGUAUUAUGGAGCAGCAAAGAUAGAACUAAAUUAUAUUGCAGAUGAAGCAGGGUCUGUCUCAAGCAACUUGAGGAAUGAAGUAUGCACUCAAUUUGCUCAUACGUAUCUGAGGCUUGGCAUGCUUCUGGCAAGAGAGGAUACAUUUGCCGAGGUUUAUGAAAAUGGAGUCCUGGAAGACUGUACCAGUCCUAGCAUCAGUAGAGCUAAAAAAGAACUCAGAAAGCAUGAGAUAUCAGCCAAUGAGGCCAUUAGGGAGGCUUUAUCUGUGUAUGAGUCAAUGGGUGAGUUACGCAAACAGGAGGCUGCAUAUGCAUACUUUCAGCUGGCCUGCUUCCAAAGGGAUUGCUGUUUGAAGUUUUGGGAGUCAGAUCAGAAGCAAACCACUGUGCCCAAAGGUGGAAACAGUGUUCAGAGGGUCAAGCAGUAUGCUUCCUUGGCCGAGAGGAAUUGGCAGAAGUCCAUUGACUUCUAUGGGCCAAAGACGCAUCCCAUGAUGUACCUAACUAUUCUAAUAGAGAGAUCAGCUCUGUCAUUAAGCCUCUCAAGUUCUUUUCACUCGAAUACGAUGUUGGAAUCCACACUGAUUCGCCUGCUUGAAGGGCGCUACGUUUCUGAUAAUGAAACAUCAGAUUCUUUCAGCAGUGAGAAUCCAGAAAUCAGUGCUAAAUUUUGGAGUCAGUUGCAGAUGAUACUGAAAAGAAUGUUGGCCAUGACACUUCCGACGAACACAAACAAAUCUUCUGUCAACACCCAGCAAAUUCCAUCUACUAGGUUGUGGACAUCAUAAUCAUAGGGACACUUUCCAAAUAGCUGGAAAUCUUCUGGAGUCUUCCGAAGAAUGUUGAUAUGCUAUUGCCUAUUUGAAGGACUAGUGUUGUGUUAUGUUACUCUAUGCUGCGUAUAAUCAUCAAUGAAUGCCCAUACAUACGGCCACACGAACAGCACAGGAAGCGGAGGAUCCUAAUUGACAAGAUUUUCACUAAAAGAUGCCUUUUUGCGGUACUGUGUUGGAUCAGCAAAUUCAAAAAUCAUGGUAUAAAAGACUGUUCUCGAGUGGUCGGUUACAUGGUUUUUGGGUAUGGAUAUUCUCUUCCUCCAGCCUUUCUGCCUUGUUGAUGUUCAUUUGUAUUUGUAUUUAUUGAUUACUUCAUCAAUGGAAGCUGAAGGUUCUCGAUUGGGUUCUCUGUUCUUUUGGUGGACAAGUGGCUAGCUACAUCAUUGGUAAUUUAGAUGUCUGUGGAACUUGCUAACUACUUUUCUUGUCGUGUGUAUAUUAUGCCAUGAGCUGCUCUAUUUUUUUUCCCCCUCGUGUAUACAUGUAUGGUUUAUUGUAAAAGAAAAGAACUUAUUUGUUGUUUAAUUGUAAGUGGAUCUUUCACCAAUAUACAACGGGUAAUGUACCAUGAAAUAAAUAAAGGAAAUAUUAUUG